UAUAGGCUGUCACAUUUAAUCACUCGCUCACUGACUUGCCCAGAGCAACUUCUGUCCUGCAGGCUCAAUGGUAAGUGUCUUAUACAGGUGUGCCAAUUUUAAUUUUUGAUACCAUAUUUUUACUGUACUUUUUCUAUUUUUAAAUAUGUUUGGGUACACAAAUACCAUUGUGUUACAUUCACCUACAGUAUUUAGUACUGUAACCUGCUCUACAGCCUUGUAGCUUAGGAGUAAUAUACUAUACCAUACAGGCUAGGUGUGCAGUAGACUAGACCAUCUAGGUUUGUGUAAGUGCACUAUGGUGUUUGCACAGUGAUGAAAUUUGCCUAACAGUGAAUUUCUCAAACCUGUCCCUGUUGUUAAGCUAUACGUGACUGUACAUCAAACACUCUUCUAGUCAGUGAGAGAGAAUACAACCGUAAAUAGUGUUAAGCAGCUCUGUAUCUUCAUGGGGCCCUCAUUCCAGUAGGGAGGGACAAAAUGGGCUGGGGUAGAUUAUAUCAGAGGAGAACUGGUUGGUAUGACACAAGUCAUGUCACACACACAGUCACAAAUCACAUUUGCACAAAAUACCAGGCAAAAUGGAAAUGAAUCGAUUCUCCUUUCCAGAGGCUCCGCUUCUAGACCCACCUACUGGGCCCCAGUGAGCGGCCGAGUGCCCAGCUCCCAGUUAGAUUUCCAAACAAGACAGCUGUGCUUGCACACUAGGAACCUCACCAGGGCUCCCAGGUGUCCCAAGGCGGGUUGUUAUGGAUGCGGUCCAACUGGGGCCGAGAAGCUGCUAGGCGACUGUUUCCCCCAGGCGGCACUUGUAGGGGACAGAGGGCGCUGAUCACCAGGCCUGGAAGGGAACUGUGCCUGGCCACCUUAUCGCCUGAUUCCGGGACGUGGAUGCGGCCCGGUAGGCACUACAUUUCCCAGGGGUUGUCGCGGCGGGGUACGCCCACUUCCGGCGAGAGCUUGGGGAGCCGUAAUGAGAGUCAGCGGGGUCUGGGAAGGGGUCCGCUAGCCGUUUGGGGGCCGCGGCGGAGGCACUACGGGGGCGAGGCGACGCUCUGCCCUCUUCAGGGGAAAGCCCUUCACAUGAGGAGCCAGGAGGAGGAGGAGGUGAUAGGAAUCGAACUUUGUAAAGCCAUGCCCCCGGAUUCAAUGACUUUCACAGAUGUGGCCAUAGACUUCUCUCAAGAUGAGUGGGAAUGGCUGAAUCUUGCUCAAAGGACUUUGUACAAGAAGGUGAUGUUGGAGAACUACAGGAAUCUGGUUUCCGUGGGUCUUUGCAUUUCUAAACCAGAUGUGAUCUCCUUAUUGGAGCAAGGCAAAGAGCCUUGGGUGGUGAAUAGAGACGUGACAGCAGGCUCAUGCCCAAACUUGGAGUAUGUGUGGAUUGUCAAGGAAUUAUCUGCAGACUUUGACAUUCAUGAAGAAAAAUUAUCCCAGGCAAUGAUAAUGGAAAGACUUACAAGCUAUGACUUGGAGUGUUCCACAUUAGGGGAAAAUUGGAAAUGUGAAGACCUGUUAGAGAGGGAGCCGGUAAGUCAGAAGCCACAUUUUAGGCAAGAGACAGUCAGUCACUUAGAUGCACUUAUUGAGAAAAGAAAUCAUUCUAAUAAAUCUGGGACAGUUUUUCAUCUGAGUACAUUACCUUACAUAAAGCAGGUAUUUCCCAUUGAAGAGAAGAUGUGUAAUUUUGACACAGAUAAGAAAAGCUUUAAAACACAUUCAUUUGUAAAAAAACACAAGCAAGUCUCUGGAGAAAAGAAACUUUUGAAAUGUAAUGACUGUGAGAAAACUUUCAGCAAAAUCUCAACCCUUACUCUUCAUCAAAGAAUUCAUACUGGAGAGAAACCCUAUGAAUGUAUUGAGUGUGGGAAAGCUUUUAGCCAGAGUGCCCACUUAGCUCAACAUCAGAGAAUACACACAGGAGAAAAACCUUUUGAAUGUGCCGAAUGUGGGAAAGCCUUCAGCCAGAAUGCUCAUCUUAUUCAACAUCAGAGAGUUCAUACUGGAGAGAAGCCUUAUCAGUGUAAGCAGUGCACUAAAGCCUUCAGCCAGCUUGCACACCUCGCUCAACAUCAGAGAGUCCAUACUGGAGAGAAACCCUAUGAAUGUAUUGAAUGUGGGAAAGCCUUUAGUGAUUGUUCAUCCCUAGCUCACCAUCGAAGGAUUCACACUGGAAAAAGACCCUAUGAAUGUGUCGACUGUGGGAAAGCAUUCAGGCAGAAUGCUUCUCUUAUACGUCAUCGGAGAUAUUAUCACACUGGAGAGAAGCCCUUUGACUGUGUUGAUUGUGGGAAGGCUUUCACGGAUCACAUAGGACUAAUUCAGCAUAAGAGAAUUCAUACUGGAGAGAGACCUUACAAAUGUGAUGUGUGCGGGAAGGCUUUUAGCCAUGGUUCGUCCCUAACCGUUCAUCAGAGAAUUCACACAGGAGAGAGACCUUAUGGAUGUACACUCUGUGAGAAAGCCUUUAGCCAUCGUGGCUCACUUACUCUUCAUCAAAGGGUCCAUACUGGAGAGAAACCCCAUGAGUGUAAGGAAUGUGGGAAAGCUUUUCGGCAGAGCACACACCUCGUGCAUCAUCAGAGAAUUCAUACAGGAGAGAAGCCUUAUGAAUGUAAAGAGUGCAGCAAAACCUUCAGCCAGAAUGCACAUCUAGCACAGCACCAGAAAAUACACACUGGAGACAAACCUUAUGAGUGUAAGGAAUGCAGUAAGGCCUUCAGUCAAAUUGCACAUCUCGUUCAACACCAGAGGGUUCAUACUGGUGAGAAGCCCUAUGUAUGUGUUGAAUGUGGGAAGGCCUUUAGUGAUGGCUCCUACCUCGUUCAACACCAGAGACUCCACACUGGCAAAAGACCCUUUGAAUGUCUUGAAUGUGGGAAGGCAUUCAGACAGAGGGCAUCCCUGAUCUGUCACCAAAGGUGUCAUACAGGGGAGAAACCUUAUGAAUGUAGUAUGUGUGGGAAAACCUUUAGCCAUCGUAAAUCCCUUACUCUGCAUCAAAGAACUCAUACAGGGGAGAAACCUUUUGAGUGUCAGGAAUGUAGCAAAGCCUUCAGUCAGAUUGCUCAUCUCACGCUACAUAAGAGGAUUCACACCGGAGAAAGGCCCUAUGAAUGUAAAGAAUGUGGGAAAGCCUUCAGGCAGAGUGUACAUCUCACUCAUCAUCAGCGAAUUCAUACUGGAGAGAAACCCCACGAGUGCAGGCAGUGCGGCAAAGCUUUCGGCCGUAGCUCGUCCUUGGUGAAGCACCAGCGGAUCCAUAGCGGGUACAAGCCCUUCGCGUGCGACGUGUGUGGGAAGCACUUCAUCGAGCGCUCGUCCCUCACCAUCCACCAGCGUGUGCACACGGGGGAGAAGCCCUAUGCGUGCGCCGACUGCGGCAAGGCCUUCAGCCAGCGCAUGAACCUGGUGGUCCACCAGCGGACGCACACUGGGGAGAAGCCCUACGCGUGCACUGAGUGCGGGAAGGCCUUCCGGAAGACCUCGUCCCUGGCCCAGCACGAAAGGACGCACACCGGGGAGCGGCCGUACGCGUGCGGGGACUGCGGCAAGGCCUUCAGCCAGAACAUGCACCUCGUCGUGCACCAGCGCACGCACACGGGCGAGAAGCCGUAUGUGUGCGGCCAGUGCGGGCGCGCCUUCAGUCAGAACAUGCACCUAACGGAGCACCGGCGGACGCACACGGGCGAGAAGCCGUACGCGUGCGGGGACUGCGGCCGCGCUUUCAACAAGAGCUCGGCGCUCACGCUGCACCGGAGGAACCACACCGGCGAGCGGCCCUACGCGUGCGGCCAAUGCGGCAAGGCCUUCAGCCAGAGCGCCUACCUGAUCCAGCACCAGCGCUUCCACAGUGGCGUGAAGCCCUUCGAGUGCGGCGCGUGCGGCAAGGCCUUCAGCAAGAACUCGGCGCUUACGCAGCACCAGCGCAUCCACACUGGUGAGAAACCCUACGAGUGCUGCGUGUGCCGGAAGCACUUCGCCGGCCGCUCGUCCCUGCUGGUGCACCAGGUGGGCCACACCGGCGAGCGCCCGUACGCGUGCGGCCAGUGCGGCAAGGCCUUCAGCCAGAGCGCCUACCUGAUCGAGCACCAGCGCAUCCACACCGGCGAGAAGCCCUACAAGUGCAGCCAGUGCGGGCGCGCCUUCAUCAAGAACUCCUCGCUCACCGUCCACCGCAGGGUCCACACGGGGGAGAAACCUUACAGGUGUAGCGAGUGCGGGAAGACCUUCAGCCGGAACACCAACCUUACGAGACACCUGAGGAUCCACACCUAGGGCGGGGGCGGGGCAUCCUGAGCACGUGCGUCGGUGCGAGAAGCUCUCACUGGGGGCCCUGGGGGACAGUGCUAAGGGAAGCCCUGCCAGAGGGGUCUCAGGAAUAUGGGCGUUGGAGACAAGCCCUGCCAUCUACACCAGCGGCUUCCUUACUGAGUGUCCCCACGGCUGCAGUGUAAAGCAGCCACUACAAGUCUAGCAUCUGGAGAAAUGGUCACACUCUCUGUGGCUCUGGGAACCUAGGACCCCAAAUUGUCCUAAGAGCUUCGACAAUGGAUUUCAUGUUUCUGAGUCUUUGUUUCCUCAAUAGUAAAAUGGAGGAAGGGGAGAGGACUCAGUAAGUGAACAUGAGGACGUUCUCCCGUUGUCACACACAGCCUGGAUCUAGUCCAAAGAUCAGGUUGUCACCACCUGUGAGAUUCUUUGAUGGUCUCCAUUUUUCCCACACCCCACAACACCUGCUGGAAGUCCUUGGCCUAAUAAGCAGUAGAACUUGGCAAGUCGUUCACAAGGAGAAAAACAUUUUGUUUUUCAGAGUUAGCAAAUGACAGUAAUCACUUUGAAUGCCAGAGUUUCUCAUAGCAGUCUGUUAAAUUUUUUAACUAAAACUGUAAGGGAGACCAAUGUCAUUUUAAACAGUCAUCAGAUGUGAAAGGUUCAGGUGCCGGUUGUCCUGUCAAAAUCAGUGUCAACACUGGUGUGGGGAGGUGCCAGCUGGUGCAUGGGUGCCAGCAAGCUUGAUAUCCAUGUUUGAACACUUACUGGAUUUAUACAUAUGCAAAUCUGAGCACAGAGCUGUCUGCUCUGUUAUUUUUGCAUGGAAACGUAAAGAUAAUUCCAAAUGAGUUUCCUAAGGCCAACCCGAAGCUUCAUUUCCACGUAGUUUCCCUCAGAGUCAACUUUCUCUGGGACUUUUUACACCACCUAUUUUAUUUUCACAUUUGAUGCUACUCAUCACAGAUGUCCUGGUGUUUCCAAAUGUCCCAUGCUUCCUGGCUUGGGUGUACAUGAAGAAUAAAUCAUUUAAGAAAUCA